CGGCAGCUGGGCGGAGAAGCACGCGUGGGUAACGUCCAUCCAAACACCUAUUCCGAAGCUCGAGAACAAUUCUGAGCAGAGAGGAGCGCGUCUGCAUCCCUACUGCGAGGACACCUGAGAGCAUUCCAAGCGAGGGGAGUGGAAGCAACAUUUUCUAGGAUGGAAAUCUGCUCCGACAACUUGUUCUCCAUGAACUGCAGGACAAUGCACAGCCAGUGGAUGUCACAGACAAUGGGAGCGGCCGCGGAGAAAAGCGGCCAUCCGGCGUACCAGCCGUUGCACAAACUUCGAAUUCCUGUCGUGGACCACGCGUCUUCGUCACAACCGGUCGCCAGCAGUUUCCCGUCCGUUGAGGACGAGGAAGCGCGCCACGGUCCCCUGAAUGACUUCACUGGAGGAGCCUCACCUUCCAACAGUGAAAUCCGAGCCACCUUCUCCAUAUUCCGCGAGCCAGUACCAACAAACGUAGCCAGCCUCUCAGUGCGUUCACCUCGCAAAAUGCCAGUGGACACAAGUUCAGAUAACAUCGCUCCACAAGCGGACCUCUCCUUUCAGAACACAAUAGACCAUAAGAGGGAGCCACCUUCUAGUCUCUAUGGAGGACAUGUUAGCCAUCAGUUUUUCGGACUUUCUGUGCAGCCACGCCCACUGUCUAAUUCCAUGGCCGGCGACGUUUCAGAUAUUUCUCCAGAAUGCGAGAAGCCAACUGAGCCGCCUAUGCCUAAAGGCAACAAUGAUGUCCUGAUAGACACAGACUCAGACUCAGAACUUGACGAUUCUGACGACGGCGAUGGCGACGGCGGCGGCACCCCUGUGCAGCCACCUAACCAGGGACGGCCAGGCUCACCCAUCCGACGUCCAACCUAUACUCAUUUGUCGGACGUUUCUAAUGAUUCAGUAGAUGAUGCAGGUGGGAAAAAACAACCAGCAGCUUCAUACCCUAAUCCCAAGACGUGGAAACCGAUCGGGACUGCACAUGGACAACCCUUCAGCUAUUUUUUUGCAAAUCAUCCCCGCCAUACAAAUGACACGCCCAGUACCGUUUCUACUGCAGUAUUUGAAGAGUACGUUUUCAAGGUAUUGACCGACACACUGCCGAAAACCAAGUUAUCGAAACUCUUGUCGAGAUUGCAAGCUCGACUGAACGACAAUACUCCAAAUAUUAAAUCGGGAAAGGCUUUCGUCCGUGAGCUUCACAGCUCGAACGGCGCACAGCCAUCUGUCUCUCAAAAGUUCGGAAACAUCAGUGAAGACAGAGGCCAAUCCGUGACCAGAGAAGUAACUCGCGAUGAACAGCACCUCAGAAGUCUCAACGACGAACGUGAAAUCGUAGAUCAUUCUCAUGAUGACGAGGAGAACGCGGCAGGAUCCCAGGAGGAAAAGCAGCAGGCACCUGAGCAAUCGUCACCGCCUGAGGAUCAACAGAUCCAGCAGAAUGCCAUCAUCCAGCUACACGUCGACCAGAUGCAGCCUGUAAAGCCUCGAGCGAUGUAUUCGCUAUCAGAAAAGCCUCCGCCAAUGGGCGCUGAGGCUUGCACACCUGCUGUGCACAAUUCUUCCAAGCCGGCAGAGGAAUUAGUGUUACCAACUCAUUUCAAUGAAGUAGGUAUGCAGACAGCUGCAAUAUCUAAAGAGGCAGUCGUACAACUCCCACCACAGUCUCCCAUGGAGCUCUGUUCACCUCAACCAUUCUCCCAUGUCCAGCACUGCAACACAGAAGAAUCAGCUGAAAAUGGACCAGGGCCUGUGGUACCAUCAGCGGAGCUAGUCUCAGGAAUCCCUGCACAGCUGUCAUCUUCCUCAGAUGAUCAUCCCAUGGAGCCGAUUUUUGUGGCUGAACCAUCUGCGUUGUUCCCAGAACCUGUACCACAACACUCACCCCCAUUGGAAUCAGAGUCCAUGCCGGGGACAUCUCGAAGCGUGGUAGCGUUCUUCUCCCGCCAGGCCCCUGCACAGCAGCAGAAUGCCAUCAUCCAGCUACACGUCGACCAGAUGCAGCCUGUAAAGCCUCGAGCGAUGUAUUCGCUAUCAGAAAAGCCUCCGCCAAUGGGCGCUGAGGCUUGCACACCUGCUGUGCACAAUUCUUCCAAGCCGGCAGAGGAAUUAGUGUUACCAACUCAUUUCAAUGAAGUAGGUAUGCAGACAGCUGCAAUAUCUAAAGAGGCAGUCGUACAACUCCCACCACAGUCUCCCAUGGAGCUCUGUUCACCUCAACCAUUCUCCCAUGUCCAGCACUGCAACACAGAAGAAUCAGCUGAAAAUGGACCAGGGCCUGUGGUACCAUCAGCGGAGCUAGUCUCAGGAAUCCCUGCACAGCUGUCAUCUUCCUCAGAUGAUCAUCCCAUGGAGCCGAUUUUUGUGGCUGAACCAUCUGCGUUGUUCCCAGAACCUGUACCACAACACUCACCCCCAUUGGAAUCAGAGUCCAUGCCGGGGACAUCUCGAGGCGUGGUAGCGUUCUUCUCCCGCCAGGCCCCUGCACAGCAGCAGAAUGCCAUCAUCCAGCUACACGUCGACCAGAUGCAGCCUGUAAAGCCUCGAGCGAUGUAUUCGCUAUCAGAAAAGCCUCCGCCAAUGGGCGCUGAGGCUUGCACACCUGCUGUGCACAAUUCUUCCAAGCCGGCAGAGGAAUUAGUGUUACCAACUCAUUUCAAUGAAGUAGGUAUGCAGACAGCUGCAAUAUCUAAAGAGGCAGUCGUACAACUCCCACCACAGUCUCCCAUGGAGCUCUGUUCACCUCAACCAUUCUCCCAUGUCCAGCACUGCAACACAGAAGAAUCAGCUGAAAAUGGACCAGGGCCUGUGGUACCAUCAGCGGAGCUAGUCUCAGGAAUCCCUGCACAGCUGUCAUCUUCCUCAGAUGAUCAUCCCAUGGAGCCGAUUUUUGUGGCUGAACCAUCUGCGUUGUUCCCAGAACCUGUACCACAACACUCACCCCCAUUGGAAUCAGAGUCCAUGCCGGGGACAUCUCGAAGCGUGGUAGCGUUCUUCUCCCGCCAGGCCCCUGCACAGCAGGAUGUGGGUGAAGAACAUGUCAGGGCCUUCGAGAGGAAGAGCAGAGAACCAUGGGACCACAAAGGUCUUCUCAGUUUUAUUGCUCUCAAUGCUUUUACCUUGCCUCAUCAUGUGUGGAUUGAACGUGAAGAGGGGCAGCCAAGGCGGAGUAUGCGCAUUGCCAUGAAGAGACAAGUCAAAACAUGUGUCCUACGUGAGAGACUGUCUUGAAAUUCAGCAUCUGAUCAGAGAAGUGGCUGAUGCUGAACUAGCACUGGCGCAGAAAUCGCCAGUCAUAUCUUUGUCUGUAGCGUAUUACCGAGAUAAUGUGUGUGUUUUGAUAUCAAAUAAUGCCAAAGAAUGUAAACAUGUGUUCAGAUAGCUGAUGUAUUUACACUUAACGUUUCUAAUUUAGUGGUAGACAGGUAAAUGUUUAAUAGCCAUAAUAUAUGUGAUGAUCUGUGUGAAUUAAUUUUGUCACUGUUGGUUUCUAGAC